UACUUCUUAUUCUGUUCUGUUUCUUUUCAAUUUGUUUCUUUUUAGCAGUCCAUGGCUGAGCAAGCAUCAACAUCAUCCAUGGAUUCCCGGAAAAGAAAGAGAGACAGCGAUCCCAACCCCAACAACAACAACAAGAGGGCUCCCAAUAGGCUUGUGGUGGACGAACCCAUCAACCACGAUGACAACUCUGUCGUCAUUCUACACCCUGAUACCAUGGAAACUCUCAAUUUGUUUCAUGGUGACGCGGUCUUGAUCAAGGGCAAGAUGAGGCGAAACACUGUCUGCAUUGUGCUCCCCAGCGACGGGAGCGCUUCUGAGGAUACUAACAAGUUCAAGAUUUUGAUGAACAAGGUGGUGAGGUCCAACCUCAGAGUCAAGCUUGGUGAUGUUGUUUCGGUUCAUCAAUGUCCCGAUAUUAAGUUCGGCAAGAAAGUUCACGUUCUUCCUCUUGAUGACACAAUCGAAGGGCUUACUGGGAAUCUAUUUGAUGCCUAUUUGAAGCCAUAUUUCAUGGACUCGUAUAGGCCUGUGAAGAAAGGUGAUCUUUUUCUUGUCAGAGGUGGUAUGAGGAGUGUUGAGUUUAAGGUUAUGGAGACUGAUCCUGGAGAGUAUUGUGUGGUUGCGCCUGACACUGAAGUUUUUUGUGAAGGAGAGGCCGUGAGGAGAGAAGAUGAGGAAAGAUUGGAUGAGAUUGGCUAUGAUGAUAUUGGUGGUGUUAGGAAGCAACUUGCUCAGAUUCGUGAGUUGGUGGAAUUGCCCUUAAGGCAUCCACAACUUUUCAAGACUAUUGGAGUGAAGCCACCUAAGGGAAUUCUGCUGUAUGGGCCUCCUGGUACUGGCAAGACACUCAUAGCAAAGGCUAUUGCUAAUGAAACUGGGGCUUUCUUUUUCUGUAUCAAUGGCCCGGAGAUUAUGAGCAAGAUGGCUGGCGAGAGUGAGAGCAAUCUUAGGAAAGCUUUUGCUGAAGCAGAGAAGAAUGCCCCUUCCAUUAUAUUCAUUGAUGAGAUUGACUCUAUUGCUCCCAAGCGUGAAAAGACGGGUGGAGAGGUAGAGAGGAGAAUUGUUUCACAGCUUUUGACAUUGAUGGAUGGUGUGAAUUCCCGAGCACAUGUUAUUGUUAUUGGAGCUACAAACAGGCCUAAUAGUAUUGACCCUGCUUUGAGAAGGUUUGGGAGGUUUGAUAAAGAGAUUGAUAUUGGUGUUCCAGAUGAAGUUGGGCGUCUUGAGGUUCUUCAGAUCCAUACCAAGAAGAUGAAGCUCUCUGAAGAUGUGAACUUGGAAAGAGUGGCCAAGGAAACUCAUGGUCAUGUCGGUGCUGAUCUUGCGGCUCUUUGCACUGAAGCUGCAUUACAAUGUAUUAGAGAAAAAAUGGCUGUUAUUGACAUUGAAGAUGAAACCAUUGAUGCUGAGGUUCUAAACUCCAUGGCUGUCACGAACGAUCAUUUUAUUGCUGCCCUGGGAACCAGCAUUGCUUCUGCAUUGCGUGAAACUGUUGUGGAAGUACCCAAUGUUAGCUGGGAAGACAUUGGUGGACUUGAGGGCGUGAAGAGGGAGCUUCAAGAGACAGUUCAAUAUCCGGUAGAGCAUCCUGAAAAGUUUGAGAAGUUUGGAAUGUCUCCCUCUAGAGGAGUUCUUUUCUAUGGUCCUCCUGGUUGUGGAAAAACCCUUCUGGCCAAGGCUAUUGCUAAUAAAUGUCAGGCUAAUUUCAUUAGCAUCAAGGGUCCUGAGCUACUCACAAUGUGGUUUGGAGAGAGUGAGGCCAAUGUUAGGGAUGUUUUCGACAAGGCUCGCCAGUCUGCACCUUGUGUAUUGUUUUUUGAUGAACUUGACUCAAUUGCUAUUCAAAGGGGAAGUAGCAUUGGAGAUGCAGGUGGUGCUGCUGAUAGAGUAUUGAACCAGCUCUUAACUGAGAUGGAUGGAUUAUCUGCCAAAAAAACUAUCUUUGUCAUUGGAGCUACCAAUAGGCCUGAUAUAAUUGACCCAGCUCUUCUAAGACCCGGCCGUCUUGAUCAGUUGAUCUAUAUUCCUCUGCCUGAUGAGAGUUCAAGACUUCAGAUUUUUAAAGCUUGUCUGAGGAAAUCACCUGUGUCAAAAGAUGUUGAUCUUACAGCUCUUGCCAAGCUUACUGCAGGCUUUAGUGGGGCUGAUAUCACAGAAAUAUGCCAGAGAGCUUGCAAAUAUGCUAUUAGAGAGGACAUUCAGAAGGAUAUUGAGAGGGAAAAGAGGGAAAAAAUUGUUGCUAUGGCAGAGGAUUCUACAACAGAUGAAAUUGAAGUGGCUGAGAUAAAGGCAGCUCACUUUGAGGAGUCAUUGAAGUUUGCAAGGAGGAGUGUGAGUGAUGCUGACAUCCGCAAGUACCAAGCUUUUGCUCAAACCUUGCAGCAAUCCAGGGGCUUUGGAUCUGAUUUUAAGUUUGCUGAGGCAGGACACACACCCCAUGGUUCAAAUCUAUUUGCAUCUUCAGCUGAUGGUAUUGAAGAUGCUGACCUUAUUGAUUAGUUUCAUAAUAAUGUUUUAUUUUCUAUGCAUUUAGGAUUUUUUCAUUAAGGGAAUCACAACCAUACAAUUUUUGUAGCCAGAAAAGGUUUUAAUAUGAUAGGAUUUUAGAUUUAGUUUCUCUAAUCUCUAG